AUGGCGUCGCAGCUGCCGCCAGCGAGCCCGAAAACGGUCCUUCGCGGCCACCAAGCCCAGGUGCAUGCCGCAGCCUUCGUCCGAGACAACCAGCGACUGGCUUCAGGCGACGCCGAGGGACAUGUGGUGCUAUGGGACCUGACCAUCAUGCGGCCUAGGGCGGUCUGGCAGGCUCACACAAACGCAAUCCUCGGCAUCGCCUCGUGGGGCACGGACAAGAUCAUCACGCAUGGCCGAGAUCACCAUCUGAUCGUAUGGAAGGUCACUGAAGAUGACGAGUCGCGCUUGAGUACCGUACUGCCCUUAGAUCCCUCGCCGGGUCCUAGACCGCAACCAUGGAUUGUGCAUAUCCUUGAGGUCAAUACUAUGAACUUCUGUGCCUUCGGGUCCUGUGCUGCCGGCUCCAAUGGUUCGAGUGACGAAAUUCUCAUAGCUGUGCCAAACACUCUGGCCUCCGAGUCCGUUGACAUAUAUAAACUUCCCAGCCAGGAGCGGUUGUACACUGUUCACUCGUCAGAGAAAAGUGACAAGAGCGGCAUGGUGAUGUCUCUGGCCUUGUUUCACAUGGACUCGUCACUGAUGCUCGUCACUGCUUACGAAAAUGGGCUUGCAACGGUGUACCAACAAGGCGAUCAGGGAGCCUGGGAGCUCGUCUACAGGGCUCAAUGCCAUACUCAGCCUGUCCUGUCAUUGGAUGUCGCCCCAAACCGUAACUACUUCUUUACCUCCAGUGCAGAUGCUCUGCUAGUCAAGCACCCCAUACCCCAGCACAAAACCUCAGCGGGGACACCGCUUCCUCCAACGAAAGAACCUGACGGUCCAGCUCAAUCAAUACCAGGCAAUGGAAGAUCACUUCUCUCUGCGGCUUUGGCAGCGGAGCCAAGACCAGCGACCAAACCCCAGAAGGUUGUUGAUGUUCAAACGCAGCCUUUGAAGUGUGUCAACACGAAACACUCGGGUCAGCAGGGUCUUCGUGUCCGCUCAGAUGGUAGGAUAUUUGCCACAGCGGGAUGGGACUCUAAGAUUCGUGUGUAUUCGGCUCAGACGAUGCGGGAACUGGCGGUCCUCAAAUGGCAUCCGGUUGGCUGCUACGCUGUGGCGUUUGCCCCUCUCAAUCUUCCAGAGCCCUCUCCUCAAGCUGACACAAGCACUCACUCCGAGAAUGUACUAGGUAAUGAUGAGGUUGUCCAGUCUGUACCAAUGGCUGUUGAGCUCACGGUCAAGGAGAGGAGAAUCAAGCAGGCAAAAGAAGCCCAUUGGCUGGCAGCUGGCAGCAAAGAUGGGAGGAUCAGUCUCUGGGACAUAUAUUAA